AUGCAAAAGAAAUGUCGUUUUAGAUACCCUCGACAAUUCAAUCAAACCACUUUACAAGGAAAGGACUCAUAUCCUGUGUACCGAAGGAGAGAUAAUGGUAUACAUGUGGACGUACGAGGCAAUAAGAUGGAUAACAGAUGGGUUGUCCCGUAUAACCCAAAGUUGUUAAUGAUGUUUAAUUGUCAUUUGAAUGUUGAGGUCUGCUCGAGUAUAACCUCUGUGAAAUAUGUGUUUAAGUAUAUUUACAAGGGUCAUGACAAACAAGUUAUCAAUAUUGAUUCGGAUGGACAACCUGUUGUUAUUAAUGAGAUAAAACGGUUUCAGGAUGCACGAUAUGUCUCACCUCCAGAGGCAAUAUGGAGGAUUUUUAGCUUCCCUCUUUCUCAGAUACACCCUUUUGUGAUGGCUUUGCAGGUGCAUCUCCCAAAUCAGCAGAUGGUUAGGUUCAACGAGGAUGAUACGCUGACUAGCGUUGUUGAAAAGGAAAAAGAUAAGAGAUCAAUGUUGACUGCUUUUUUUCUAAAAAAUAAAGAAGAUAUCAGUGCAAGAGAAUAUAAAUACAAAGAUUUUCCAAAAAAAUUUACGUGGGACACGAGAUCACAUCGUUGGAAUCUUCGAAAACAAGGAUUGAUGCGAGGUCGUUUGGUUUCUGCCAAUCCUGCUGAAGGAGAGCGAUACUACCUUCGUCUACUUUUAUCUCAUAUUAGUGGGCCUACAUGUUUUGAAGAUCUCUACACAGUCAACAACGUAAAACACCCAACAUUCAGGAAAGCAGCUCUUGAAAGAGGGUUAAUAGAGUCUGAUGAUGGUUUAUCACAAUGUCUUACAGAGGCAUCUUUAUUUCAAUUUCCCAAUGCUCUAAGAAGGUUGUUUGCAACUAUAUUGACUUUUUGUGAGCCAGGAGAUGUUCGUAAGCUAUGGUAUGACCACUACAAUGCUCUUUCAGAAGAUUAUAGGCGACAAUACGAAAGUGUUGAGAGAGUCCAAAAUAUGGUCCUCACCGACAUUAAGGUAUUCCUACAAUCUAUGAGUGACAAUAUUGAUGAUUUUGAUCUUCUAAAGAUAAAUGAAAAUGUCAAUUUAGAAUCUGGAGUUUUCCGUGAGGUACAAGAGGAAUGCUCUGUAGUUAUAGAACCUGAACAUUUACAAGCCCGAGCUUUUCUCAAUCCUGAACAGAAAUUUGUGUAUAAUGAGAUCAUGCGUCAUGUCAAUAAUGAUAUUCCAGGAGUGUUCUUCAUAGACGCAACUGCUUCAUCGGGUGUUGCGGCUAAUAACAUGCCUGGGGGGAGAACAGCUCACUCUCGCUUUAAACUUCCUAUUAAUCUUGAAAAUAACUUGGUCUGCAAGAUUUCAAGACAAAGUGGUACUGCCCAACUGCUUCGGACUGCAAAAGUAAUCAUAUGGGACGAAGCAUCGAUGGCUAAAAGACAUGCGUUGGAGGCGGUUGACCCUACAAUGAAAGAUAUAACUGGGGUGAUGCUCCCAUUUGGUGGAAAGAUAAUGGUUUUGGGAGGUGAUUUCAGACAAGUUUUACCGGUUGUUAGACGUGGAACACGAGCACAGAGUGUGAAUUCUAGCAUACGAAUAUCGCCUCUUUGGUCUUCGAUUGUCAAGUUGAGGUUAACUAUAAAUAUGAGAGCACUAACUGAUCCAUGGUUCUCAGACUUUCUAUUACGUGUCGGUGAUGGAGUUGAAGAAACAGUGCAGGGAAACUUUAUCCGCAUCCCUGAUGAUAUGGUAAUUCCCUUCACUGAAAAAAAAGUCAUUAAAUGCUUUGAUUGA